CCCUUUCUUCAUCACCAAAUAAACCCCAAAAAGUGUGUGUCCCGGUGGUGAGCGCGCGCAGGCUAGGGUUAGGCGCGUGGGCGUGUAGUGCGAUGGCCGCAUCCACACCCCAGUCGCCGCACCACCAGCAGCAGUCGUCAUCGCCGUUCAUGGAGUAUAUCAGGGCCCCCGGCGGCCUCGACAAGGUCCUUCUCCGCGGCGGACGCAGCUGCUCCGUCGAGAUCCGUCUUUUUGGCGGUCAAGUAACUUCAUGGAAGAAUGAUCAUGGGGAGGAAUUGCUUUUUGUCAGCAGCAAGGCCAAUUUCAGACCCCCAAAAGCUCUCCGUGGUGGGAUACCAAUUUGCUUUCCCCAAUUUGGAUCUCAUGGAAAUCUUGAACAACAUGGAUUUGCAAGGAAUCGGCUUUGGACAAUUGAUGAUAAUCCACCCCCUUUACCAGUAAACCCUGCAAUUAAGGCUUUUGUUGAUAUUAUACUGAAGCCAACUGAAGAUGAUUUAAAGAUGUGGCCACACAGUUUUGAGUUCCGCUUGAGAAUUGCUCUUGGUGCUUUGGGAGAUUUGAGUCUCACGUCUAGAAUCAGGAAUACCAACACUGAUGGAAGACCUUUUUCUUACACAUUUGCAUAUCAUACAUACUUCUCUGUUUCUGACAUAAGUGAAGUGCGUGUUGAAGGGCUGGAAACUAUGGACUACCUUGACCUUAAGAAGGAACGUUGCACAGAGCAAGGGGAUGCUAUUGUGUUUGAGUCAGAGGUUGAUAAGGUAUAUCUUUCUACACCCCCCAAAGUUGCAAUAAUUGAUCAUGAGAAGAAAAGAACAUUUGUCGUGACAAAAGAAGGACUUCCAGAUGUUGUUGUUUGGAACCCUUGGGACAAGAAGGCAAAAGCUAUGCAAGAUUUUGGUGAUUCAGAAUACAAGCACAUGCUGUGUGUGGAGCCUGCAGCUGUUGAGAAGCCUAUUACCCUCAAGCCUGGUGAAGAGUGGAAAGGAAGGGUAGCGCUCUCAGCUGUUCCUUCCAGCUACUGUAGCGGGCAGUUAGAUCCAUUGAUGGUCCUUCAUGGUUGAGAGUUCCCACUUCUGCCUCUUGUACAGGAGCACCUCAUUGCCCUUACACCUAUUUGAUUCUGGGCUGACUUGGACAACGCCUUGAUCUUUCUCCCUUUCCAUUUCCAUCAUCCUCAAUCUUUUGCUUUUUUUGUAUCUACUAGUGAGUAGUAGGGUACUACGGAAAUAACAGACCAUCUCGGCUGCUUUGAUCCCAUGGCAGGUCACCUGUUCCGUGAUAUAGUCGAUCAGUGGAAAAGUACUAGCAAUCGCGCUGUAGUAGUUUUGUAUGGUUCAAUGGCCAUACUGAGGAAUGGUACCAUGUGGCGUAAUAGGAUGGGUCCAUUGCGUGUCCUGUUGCAAACAUAUCUCGAAGUAGGUUUGCAUGCUAUAAGUUGCAGACUUGCAGUCAUUUGUACUUACAUGAUUCCAACUCUGUUAAGAACACCUUCAUACGGAUGCUUGAGGUGGUGCCUCCAUGCAGGUAGCCAAGAUGGUUCUUGCAAAGCAAA